AUGGCCUACUUUUUUCAUCAAUUCCCAAGACUGCCCUUUGAGCUUCGGAUGCAAAUCUGGGACGCAGCAUGUCUCUCCUACAUCUUCUACAAUCGUCACAAAGCUAGGAUGCACUACAUUGACGUCGAGCCUAGCUCUGACAGCAAUACGCUCUUGGCAUAUCACAGGUCCACGGUCGAUGUUGCCGAAGGAGAUGACAAAUCGGGCUGCUUGGUACACGCGCUAUGGACAGCCUGCUCUGAAUCGCCGGAGGCUGUAUCAAAAUACUGGCGUAACCAACCCUAUGGAAAUCUGUCCCUUCCCCCUGCGAGGCUCCGCAUGCGCGAGCAUGAAGGGGUUUGGGAUGCUCCUGUUUGUCCGACUAAAGAUAUCUUUUGUAUCAAAGCGAAGAGCUGGAAAUGGAAAGCUCUUGGCGGAAAUGAUAAGCUAUGGAGGGUAGCCAUCCCACACUUGAGCCCUACAGGACCCCAAAAUGUGGACAUCAAGAGAAUCGCGUUCGAAUUCGACCCUACCUGGAAUAUAGAUCUUCCAAGAAACUACUCGGAUCUAGCAUCAGAGGACUCUACCAGAGCAUACUUUUCACGUUUUUUCUAUAAAGCGUUCUUCAAGUAUGCUACUGAGCCCGAGGUUUACCUUGUUGAAAAGUCUGGCCAAUGGACAGCCUGCCUUCCCCAGGAUCACUUUACUGGAUACUCGUUUUGUAAAGAUUAUAACAGACUUUAUGCCCUAGCUCAGCCGUACUACAGAUGCUUUCUGUGUAAAGAUUGGCACGAAUCCGAUGGAGCUUUUGCAAAUGUUAGAAGCUUCAUAGACAAGAUUGAGCAGCUUUGCGAAGUCUGCGAACCAGACCGUCCCAAUGCCAAGAACGACCACUUCGUUGACUGGGAAUAUGUAAGGCCAGACUAUAAAUUCAGCGAUUGCAUCCGAUAUCUCGCUCGUCUGGACAAGCGAAUUAAGCAUUGUGUGGGCCCGCAUGUUAACACACCUUUUCCGUUGGUACGAUCUACUUGGGACGGUAUGUGGGACCCGGUGAUCGAGUAG